AUGGCUACUCCAAAUUAUUCAAUGAAACAACAACAAUAUUUAAAUAGGCAACCAGGAAAUAAUGAGACAUUGUUGGCUAUGAGAAAACACCGUUCUCUAGAUAAUGAUCAAUUUUUACUUAUGCAACAACAACAAAAUUUGAGUCCCAGCAACAAUAUGCCUUUAUCAAGUGCACCUCCAAAAAUGAAUUUAAUAAAAAAUCGAGGACAACAACAAUUUUCAAGUCCAUUAAAUUAUUUUAAACAGAAUGUUGGAGGAAUUGAUUAUUAUUUUCAAAAUCAAAAUUAUUUUUGCGAUGGGCAACAAAAACAAAAUGGUCCUCAGCCAAGCCUUUUUGAUACAAAUGUUUCAAAUGACAAUUUAAUGUGGAAUUUGACAGCUUUCCAGCCAAUAACUUCACAAUCUUUUCUCCAAGAGUUUGACCCUCUCCAAUUACAAAAAGAAUUGCUAACAAUUUGUGAUCAUUAUAAUAAUUUAAUAUCGUCUAUCCACUCAUUUUGGAUCCCUAAACUUCAAUUUGAAAAACAACAAAAAGAAGAGUUGGAAAUUAAAAAAGAAAAAUUGGAGAGACAAUUGGUCCAAUUGCAGUCUCAAGCAAAUAUUUUUGGUGCUAAAUCUGCAAAUCAAGGUGAAAAUGCUGGAAUAAAUCAAAAUAAUUCCUCUACCCAAAUACGUGAUUUUACUGAUCAUUCAAUAACUUUACACGAAUUUAAAACUUUAAAAGCAAAAUUGGAACAAAGUGAAAUUUGUUUUUCUGAAUGUAGCAGAGAAUUACAAAAUGUUGAAUUGAAGGCAAAAUGUUUGGAAGAGGAAAAGAAAGAAGCAGAAAGAAGAAUAGAAAUAUUAUCUAGAAAUAAUUUGGAUUUUGAAGAACAAUUAAAAUUGCUAAAUGAAGAUUUGAAUGUAUUGAGGAAUAAAUUGGAAUUAAAAAAUCAAUUGUUGGAAAGUCGAGAGAAGGCAACAAAAAAAUUGGAAGAAGAAAAAGAAGAGUUAAAAUUUGAAUUGAAGGAGGAGAAAAAGAAUUUUAAUGAGUCAGAGCAUCGAUCAUCCCAACUUUUACAUAAAAUUGAUCAAAUGGAACGUCUACAACGUGAAAAAGACGCGCAGCUUGAACAUUUAAAGCAGAGAAUUUUGCAGCAACCCGGUACCCGUGCAGAAAAACUUUUGGAAGAAAAAAUUGAAAAUAUGAUGGAAGAACGGACUAAAUUGGAACAAAUUGUCGAACAAAUACAAAAACAAAAUGAUGCUGAACGUCAACAACAAUUGGAAAGAUUUUUGUCUGAAAGAGAGCAAUUACAACUGGAUAUAGCUUAUUUAAAGAAAGAAUUAGCUGAUCGUCAUAUGCUUAUAGGUUCACAAAGUGAAAAAAUAUCUCAAUUUAAUUGUGCUUUUAAAAACUUAAAUUUAAAAAAGGAAAACGAAGAAUUAACCGAAGAAGAAAAAAUAAAUUUUCAAAAUUUGUCAGAAUUGGAAUUAACACACCAAGAAAUUGAACGUUUACUUAAGCGUAUUGUACAGUUGGAAAAGGACAAAUCUGAACUGAUUGGAGCUUUUAAAAAAUCUGAUAAAUUUGUUGGAAUUGAUGGAAGGUUUGUUGGGGAAUUUUUUUUAUUUCUAAAAAAAGUCUCAAAACGUCCAGGUUUAAAAAUGUCCAAAUUUCGAAAUGUCCAUUUUUCAUAA